UCGUCUGGUUAUCGCUGCAAAUUAGCACCUCUCCUUCCUCGGGCAAACCCGUUAGAAAGGAGUCCAUCCAAUGUAUAAAACGAUAUACCCAGCGAAAGCUCCGAAUCAGUGCCGCGGUUAGUUCAUCAUCCGAAAGUGGUGCUUUAGUUUCUGUGCGCGCAGACAGGAAGCGAACGAGUGGUACACAGAGUGGUUAGACAGAGUGGUGAAAAAUGGUUCCUGUUUGGAAAAGGAUCGCGUUGGUGCUGGUAUUGAGUGCGGUGACGGUGAUCGCCGAAGAAGUGCAGGACGAAAAUGUGGCGAAACAGACGUUGGACACCGAUGUGGAAGAGGGUCGUGGUCGCCGACGUUUCUACAAGUUUUUGAUCAAAGCAUUGGCUCCAAUGCUGUCGAAUGUGCUGUCCACAGUGGUGCUGGUGAAGACCAAGAUUGUCAUAGUGGGUCUUUUUUUAGCUGGAAUUUACUUCUUUGGGCACAAACUCUGGCCCGGUGGUUUCUGUGGGCACUCAAUCGUAUCUGAUGGGCCUUCGUUCUUCGGCGAAGGAAUAACCGAUUACCACGGUACCGGACCGGACAUAAUCUCCAGCUAUCCCGGACCAGAACCGCUUAGCUACUCGCCAUACUACUCGAACCCGCCACCUGGCGCUAGCAUUUCCACGUCGUAUCUUCCACCCAGCAUAUCGUCUUCGUCGGUGUCUUCCUCGGGCCCGUCCAAUGCAUACCUCCCACCAAACCGACGCGGAAAGCGUGACACCCGAGUGCCGGAUGAUGAAGAACUGUUGGAAAAUGAAAUGUACUGGACCGAUCAGCUGACCGAUAUGGCCUUCCGCUUUCUCGGAGUAAUCUCGAGGACGUGCCGGAAGCGAUUCGUGUGCGAGUUUGAUUUCCAUGCUCGCAGCAAUCCAUUCAUACUGUUCGCCACCCGAGCGAUGGGACGCGACAUAUUCCACAACUACCGAGACGAUAGCGACGAACACGCCAAAAAGUACGAGGACUGCGGUCGCAUCUACGCCCAGUGCGGAGUUCCAAAAAGGAGUCCCAACGCCCAUCGGCGACGACGACCGUUGACCACCACCAGCACAACCACCACGGAGGACCCAGCGGAGGUGGCAGAUGACCUGGCCAACGAAAUCGGAAGCGGAUUGGAGCCCAGUGCCGAAACGGAGGGCGAAGACAACAAUACUGAACGUAGCUUCGACGGUGCCAAUCAGCAGAACGACGACGAAGAUGAAUGGAAACCGGUGAGGGCGAAUCCCCUGCAGAGGCUGUUUAUUCCGCUGCUUGGGUCGGCGAGGCGGAUGAAUUAGAUUUUCUAUCUAAAGGAAAAGUGCGUUGCGUGUGUGGUGCGACAAUCGGUCUAGCAGAGCGUGUACAUAAUGAAUGGAUGUCUAUUUAAAUUAUUUAGAUUAAUAAGAUGAAGUCUAUUUAUUGAAAAGCCCGUUUGCGUGUUGUUCCUCACUAGUUUUAGGAUAGGUCGAUCCGACCCGAAAUAAAAACGAUUGUACGAUUGUUGCCAAAA